GUCUCUUUCCCUGAGGAGUUUGUAAUCAAGCUAUACAAGACAGGCAAAAGAUUGGAGAAACAGAUGAAGUGACUUUGGCUUUCUCAACCAUGGGAUGCUGCUCCAGGAAGGAGGACUGCUGGGAAUAGAUGUGGUUCAUGUGACCAAGAAGACGACCAUCUUUGGAUACACUCACCAACCUAAUGAGGAGGGCUUUAAACUAGGUACCUUAUGAGACACUGAACAAACGGUUUCGAGCUGCACAGAAAAAUAUUGAUCGAGAGACGAGCCACGUUACUAUGGUUGUUGCAGAGCUGGAGAAGACCUUGAGUAGCUGUCCUGCUGUGGAUUCAGUUGUUAGUCUCCUUGAUGGAGUAGUUGAAAAGCUCAGUGUUCUGAAAAGAAAGGCAGUUGAAUCGAUCCAGGCUGAAGAUGAGAGCGCAAAACUUUGUAAACGCAGGAUUGAGCACCUUAAAGAACAUAGCAGUGACCAGCCAGCUGCUGCAAACAUGUGGAAGAAAAAACGUAUGGAUCGCAUGAUGGUGGAACAUCUCUUGCGCUGUGGCUACUACAAUACAGCUGUAAAACUAGCCAGGCAGAGUGGUAUUGAGGACUUGGUAAAUAUUGAGAUGUUCUUGACGGCUAAAGAAGUGGAAGAAUCUUUGGAAAGGCAAGAAACUAUGACUUGCUUGGCUUGGUGUCAUGAUAACAAAUCCAGGCUCAGGAAAAUGAAGGGGCGCCAAAAUGAGAACGAACCGAAGAUGGGACGCAAAAGUAAAUCGGCCUGUGAUUACUCUAAAGAAAAUGAUGAUCUUGUUAUGGAAACCAUUAAAGGAAAACCAGAAUUGAGCUGUCUGGAGUUCAGCCUCAGGAUUCAGGAGUUCAUUGAACUCAUUCGACAGAACAAGAGACUGGAUGCUGUGAGACAUGCAAGAAAGCAUUUCAGUCAGGCUGAAGGAAGUCAGCUGGAUGAGGUCCGACAAGUGAUGGGAAUGUUGGCCUUUCCUUCAGACACUCAUAUCUCCCCCUAUAAGGAUCUCUUGGACCCUGCACGAUGGAGAAUGCUGAUUCAGCAGUUUAGAUAUGAUAAUUACAGACUACAUCAGCUGGGGAACAAUUCUGUUUUUACUAUAACACUCCAGGCAGGCCUUUCAGCUAUAAAAACACCACAGUGUUAUAAAGAGGAUGGCAGUUCAAAAAACCCAGACUGCCCCGUGUGUAGCAAAUCUCUGAACAAGCUGGCUCAGCCUCUGCCUAUGGCACAUUGUGCCAACUCCCGACUAGUCUGCAAGAUUUCAGGGGAUGUAAUGAAUGAAAAUAAUCCUCCCAUGAUGUUGCCAAAUGGAUAUGUGUAUGGAUACAAUUCCUUGCUUUCUAUUCGUCAAGAUGACAAAGUAAUUUGCCCAAGAACCAAAGAAGUCUUCAACUUCUCACAAGCUGAGAAAGUCUAUAUCAUGUAGGUCCAUAAAAUACAUGAUGAAGUGCCGCUGGAAUUUUGACACAGGAUUUAUUGGCAUGCCCAGGAGAAGGGGGCCUUAUGUGUGGCAAAGAAGCAAAAUCUGCCACCUUGGGGAUCAGACCUGUCGGUGGCAUUAUUGUUUCUUGCGACCAAAGAUCAAUGAGCAACAGUACACACUCUUAAAAAGAGAGGAAAUAUGACUUAAGUUUGUACUUGGAAAAAACAAAAACAAAUUUUGAUUGUUAGCGUUUUGUAACAUAAGGUAAAAAAUUGGACU